AUGGGCUCCGGCGGCGCGGUGGAGGCGCGCGCCGCGUGGCUGGGCGGCGGUGUGGCUCGCCACGACUUGCUCGCCCGCGUGGAGCACCUGGCCGCCAAAGACGAGCGCGGCUCCCUCGGCGACGACAUCAAGGCCACCCUCCGGGCCUCAGUGGCCGCAGGGCUGCGCGCGGCCAACGCCACAGAUGAAGGUGGCGCUCCGGUUCGGAACGCCGACCUACGACUCGUCACCAUCGACAUUGGCGUACCGGCCUGGAUGAAGGCAACGCUCACGCCGGCGCAGCUCGAGUCCUACUCGUACACGUGCGCGCCCUUUCCGCCCUUCUCGCUCGCCUACAUGCAGAUGAACCGCUGGCGCGUCGCAGCAGGAGCGGAGGCGCUCUCAGCCUCGGCCCGGCGCUCUUCGACCGCCGCUCUCUCGACAAGACCGUACGACGCGGUCGUGGUUGGCGCCGGCAUCGUGGGCGUGACGACGGCGCACGCGCUCUGUGCGGCCGGCCUCCGCGUCUGCGUGAUCGACCGCCACUCGCACGUGGCCGCCGAGACGUCAUGGGUCUCCUCGGGCCAGCUGGAGCCGGUGCGGGUGGACCACAUGCGGGCGUACUCCGACCCGGCAGCACUCGGCGUGCGCGGCCUCUUCCGCAUCGCCACCGGCUUCCCGCGCUGGACGAUCAACUACCUGCUCUACGCGCUCCGCUGCCGCCUCGUCGACGGCGCAGCCGACCAGAUGACAGAGGACAUCAGGGCGAUGGGGCGCGCGUCGAUCGCGGCGGCACACGAGUUCGAGAGGGCGAUGCCGGGCCGCUCAGGCUUCCGCUUCGGCCGCUCGACCAUCACGAGCGAGUGCUCCUUCCCGCUCGACCCCACCGACCCCGCGAUGCUCGCGCGCACGCGGAGCGGCUCCGCCGAGCCCGCCGUCACCUUCCGGGCACACGAGGUUGCGACCGGAUCCCCGUCCGACCUGUGCGAGGCGCUCGAGGCGGACCACCGCGCCGAGGCGCUCGAGGCGGACUGCCGCGCCCGAGGCGCCGACUUCCGGUACGGCUGCGAGUACUUGGGGCCGGCUGGGCCGGCGGCCGAGCCGGGCGGCGGCGGCGGCGGCGGCGGCGGCGGCGGCGGCGGCGGCGGCGGCGGUUCGGUGCUGACCAGCCAGGGCGAGAUCGAGGCGGAGGCGGCCGUCUUUUGCACCGGCAUCGCCUCGGACCGCUUCUUCCCCUGCCUGCCAAUGUGGGGCCUGAUCCGAGAGUACUGCUUCGACAAGAGUGGCUCGCGCGGUCUCUUCGGCUCGGAGGACAUCCUCGUCAGCACGCUGCCGGCGCCCAAGCCGGGCCAGCAGAGCUACGUCGUCGUGCUUGAGCACAGGGCGAGGCGGGUGCUGCGGCUGGGCGGCGGCGCGGAGGUAUCGGCGACGCCGCCGCCGCUGGAGGCGUUCAGCGCCAUCCUCGACCGAGUGGGCGGGCUCGGCCAGCCGCUGCGCGACUGGAUCGGCUGCAGGGCGGUGUCGCCGGACGGCUGUCCGGUGGUUGGGCGGCUGCCUGGCUCGAGCCACAGCUAUAUCAACUCCGGCCAGUCCUUCUGGGGCUACACCCUCUCCUUCGCCAGCGCGCGCUUGCUCGCGGACCACAUCGCAUAUGGAGCGCCCAUCCCCCGCACCUUUGACCCCUCCCGCUUUGUGCUGGCGAGGAGCGGAGCGGGCUCUGGAGCGAGCGAGCGCUCAACUUAG